CGCACCACGUGCAGCCGCCUGUCUGUGACACCGGCGGUCACUGCGCAUGCGGUUUCAGGCCUCACGCUCCGCCAUGGCUCAGGUGCAGGUACGGUUCCACACUGAUGACAAGAGAUAUGAAGUAGAUGACAUACCAUUCUCUGUGCCAGCUGCAUCUGAAGUUCCUGACCUCAGUAAAAUCAUCAAUAAGCUACUAGAAGCUAAACAUGUUAAUCACAAGCAUGCAGACUUUGAUUUCCUCAUCAAAGGCCAGUUCCUACGGGUGCCAUUGGGUAAACAUAUGGAAUUGGAGAACAUUUCAACAGAAGAGGUGGUUGAGAUUGAAUAUGUAGAACGAUAUAGUGCCCCUCAGCCAGAAGAGUGUUUCUUCCACGAUGACUGGGUCAGUGCCGUGGAGGCACAAGUUGAUUGGAUUCUUACAGGUUCAUAUGAUAAAACUGCUCGUAUCUGGACAUUAGAUGGCCGACCACUUGUGGCUCUUUCCGGACAUACUGAAGUAGUCAAAGAUGUGGCAUGGAUAAGGAAAAGUAGUCCCAGCAGUUUGCUGCUCACUGCAUCGCAGGACCAGAGUGUUAUUUUAUGGGAAUGGAACUGUGAAAAGAACAAAGUAAAAGCAUUGCAUUCUUGUCGAGGACACGCUGGUAGUGUGGAAUCAAUUGCUGUGGACAACUCAAAAACUAAAUUUUGCAGUGGCUCGUGGGACAAGAUGGUGAAGAUUUGGUCAACAGUUCCCAAUGAAGAUGAAGAAAUGGAGGAAGAGUCUGAAAAUCGACCAAGGAAGAAACAGAAGACUGAACAACUGGGGUUAACAAGAACUCCCAUGAUGACACUGUCCGGUCACACUGAAGCAGUUUCUUCAGUCCUGUGGUCUGAUACUGAGGAACUAUGUAGUGCAUCGUGGGAUCACACCAUAAAGAUAUGGGAUGCUGAGACAGGAGCCCAGAAAUGUUCCCUGACUGGGAAUAAAGUGUUCAACUGCAUCUCUUAUUCUCCUCUGUGCAAAAGGCUGGUCACUGGCAGCACAGACAGACACAUCAGACUGUGGGACCCACGCUCAAAAGAUGGAUCUCUAGUUUUGCUUUCUCUAACAUCACACAAUGGAUGGGUAACAGCAGUCCAGUGGUCGCCCACGAAUGAAUAUCAGUUGAUUUCCGGUUCUUUUGAUAAACUGGUCAAGCUUUGGGACACACGAAGUUGCAAGGCCCCAUUAUAUGAUAUGAAUGCACAUGAAGAUAAAGUACUUUGUGUGGACUGGACAGAGACUGGGUUGCUGUUAAGCGGUGGAGCAGAUAACAAAUUAUUCCUGUUCAGAUAUUUGACACCCACUUCUGGAGAUGGAGCAUGAGGAAAAUAGUAAAUAAUGGAGGACCAAACCAAACCAGCACCUGCGGAUACCAUUGUAAUACUUCAUUUCUCUUAAAGCAGCUUACAACAAAUUGAAUAAGAUCUGUUUACUGCUGUAACUGGCCUAUGUCCUGCUCAGUCUGUCCGUACAACCGACCAUGCAAGGAUAUUUGAGAAAUGCCAAUGGGACUAAAAUGUUUUGAACCAAUGUCGUUAAUCUGUGCUCUAAUGGGAAAAAAUUUGUUGUUCAGAAGAGGGUAGAAGAUGACAAGUGUUGAGUAGAGCUGUAGUUUUUUUCACAUGGAACUUCUAAUUUAAUAUGACUUGCUUAAAGGUACCCAUCUAUUUACCAAACUAAGAAUGUAAUCAUUUAAUUUCCUAAAAACUAAAUGUUCUUUGGUGUUUAGCUACAUUCAUUUAACCAGAGAGGAAAGGCUAAAUGCUGUGGCUGAUGGAAAUAGUGAUGUACUAAAGUUUGAUUUUAAAAUGAAGAUUACAUUGUUUACUGCUAUGAACCAUACUUCUUAAAGUAGCUGUGGACAUGUUCAAUUUCCAUUCUGAUUUAUAGAAAUGAGCUUUUUUAAUGGUUUAUCUGACUGACUAUCUCCCAUUCUAUUAUAUUUCAGCAAUAAAUUAAGAGCUAUUAAUGUUAA